AUGAUACAAAAUAUUCAAACAAACUCAUUUGAAAAUGAUCCAAGAAAUGAUUAAACAAUUUAGUAAUAAGCAGAAGUUGUUUAAUAUAUUUGCGAUAGAAAUAAAGAAGUAUUUUAAAAUUAUAUAAAGAAAGAAUUAGAUAUUCUAGAAUCUAAGUUACAGUCAGAAAACUUUUAAAAGUAAUAAUCUGAAGUUAAAAGAGUUAAGUUUGAAGAUGGAAGAUUUAUUGAUUACAGAGACAACUUAGAUAAUUUAGGACGCUUUGAGUUGAAAAAAAAAACAAUUAUAUUUAUUUCAGGCAUCCCUUCAGGUAUAAGAUACUUUGGUAAAAUAGAAAAGACGAUAGGCUACGAGUUUUGUCGUAUGAUUAAUUUAUACAUUCCUGGCUUUGAUAAAAAAGAUGAAAGAAGAGGAGCUUACUAAGGAAAAUUUGAUUAACUUGUUUAAUUAAUUGAUGACUUUAUGACUGUGUUAAAUAUUUAAUAAGCUAUCUUUGUUGUACAUUCGUAUGGGGGACUGAUUGUGAAAUAUUUUACUUAUUUUAAGCCUUAAAGAGUAGAAGGUUUAGUUUAGCUAGCAUCUAUCCCACUUACAUUAUGGUAAGGAAUUAAACAAUAUUACAUCUUAGAAAAAACAAGAUAUUUUAUUGAUUCGAAUAAUCUAACAUUUGAAUAAUUUCAAGAUGAAUAGUUUAGAGAUCAUUUAAACUAAGUAAUAUCUGUUAAUAGAAAAUAACUUUUGAGUCUAUCAAAAGUUGAAUUAGACCAAAUUGGGCCUGCAUCUCUCUUUACUUUCCAUGAAAUUAUUCCAUUGCUUAAACUAAAAUUAAGCGUUCCUGGAAAGUAUGGAGAAAUUUUUUCUAGAUUUAGGAAUUUAGACAAAAAAAUACCUAGGUUAAUUGCCUAUUCUCCUAAUGACAAUGUAGUGUUAGCUUCAACAAUAGAAGAAGAAAUAUAUGAAUUUGUUUUAGGUGAAAAUACAAUUAAAAGAAGAAUACUACAUCCUAUAACAAAAAAUAUUUAACUAGAUAAUAAUGAUUUUGGUUCAAACUAUAUUUUUAGGUUUGAUGACGCUAGUCAUAGCAUUCAUCAUGAAAAGGGAAAUGAAUUAGGAAUACUCAUAAAACAUUUUAUUAGAUAGUUAGAUUAUACAGAAAUAUUAAAUUAAUUACCAAAAUUUUGA